CAUUUUUGGGGCAGUAAGAUCCAGCGAGGAGCCCCGGCGCCAGCAGUGCAGCAGCCGGAGAACUCCAGCUGCCUCCCCGCCGCGCGCCCACCCCAGCCCAGGCCUCGAGGUCCGCACCGGCUGCACCCCGAGAGCGAGCCCCCCGGCCACGCCACCACCAGCAGGCUCGCUAACCGCCGACCAACCAACCAACCUCCCAACCGCCACCGAGGUGCCCGAGUGAGAGCCGAGGCGGCGGCAUGAGCGAGGCCACCACCACCACCACCAUCACCACCACCACCACCACCCUCCCGCAGGCUCCGGCCGAGGCGGCCCCCCAGAACCCCGCGCCCAAGAGCCCGGGAGGCAGCGGCGGCGCGCCCGCGGCUGCCGCGCCCGCUGCUUUGGGCGCUGCAAACCCGGGUUCCGGAGACGCGGCCCCCGCGGCCCCGGGCACCGCGGCCCCCACUUCUGCCGCCCCCGCCGGCGGCGAGGACGCGGAGAAAAAAGUUCUCGCCACCAAAGUCCUUGGCACUGUCAAAUGGUUCAACGUCAGAAAUGGAUAUGGAUUUAUAAAUCGAAAUGACACCAAAGAAGAUGUAUUUGUGCAUCAGACUGCCAUCAAGAAGAAUAACCCACGGAAAUAUCUGCGCAGUGUAGGAGAUGGAGAAACAGUAGAGUUUGAUGUGGUUGAAGGAGAGAAGGGUGCAGAGGCAGCCAAUGUGACUGGCCCGGAUGGAGUUCCUGUAGAAGGGAGUCGUUAUGCUGCUGAUCGGCGCCGCUACAGACGUGGCUACUAUGGCAGACGCCGUGGACCACCCCGAAAUUACGCUGGGGAGGAGGAGGAGGAAGGGAGCGGCAGCAGUGAAGGAUUUGACCCCCCUGCCACUGACGGGCAGUUCUCUGGGGCCCGGAGUCAGCUGCGCCACCCCCAGUAUCGCCCUCAGUACCGGCAGAGGCGGUUCCCGCCUUACCACGUGGGACAGACCUUGGACCGCCGCUCCCGGGUCUUUCCCCAUCCCAACAGAAUGCAGGCUGGUGAGAUUGGAGAGAUGAAGGAUGGAGUCCCAGAGGGAACACAACUUUCUGGACCGGUUCAUAGAAAUCCCACUUACCGCCCAAGGUACCGCAGGGGACCUCCUCGCCCUCGACCUGUCCCGGCUGUUGGAGAAGCUGAAGAUAAAGAGAAUCAGCAAGCAGCCAAUGGUCCUAACCAGCCAUCUGCUCGCCGUGGAUACCGGCGUACCUAUAACUAUCGGCGUCGCACCCGUCCUCCUAAUGCUCCUUCUCAAGAUGGCAAAGAGACCAAGGCAGGUGAAACACCGUCUGAGAACCCUGCUCCGGCCAUUGAGCAGAGUAGUGCUGAAUAACACCAGGCUCCCAGGCACCAACUCCAUCCUCAGGUGACCUAAAGAAUUCAUGACCAUUGAAACAAAAUAAAACUAUAAAAAGCAAGCCACAACCUUACCAACACCAAAGAAACACGAAGGCAAUAAAGUGGAAGACGAAUCAAGAUGUGGACAUCAAAGUGUUUACUGUUAUUCUUUAUGAAACAAACAACUACAAAUAAAUAUCAGCACAUUUUCCCUCUAAGCUGAGAGUUCGGGAAAGUCUGCACAGAAGCUAAGAGAGCACCUUCCCGGUUUCAGCAACACUAGGUUUCUAUUUUUUUUUUUCCUCUGGUUUUUACUGUUUGGUAAUAUGAAUUGAAAGAAGAAAUAUUAAUACCAUGGGGGGAGAACCCCGACCAAAGAAAUCUGAAAUAUAUAGUCAGUGCCCUUUUUUUUUUUCUAGUUUGUUCAUUUUGGAUGCUGGUGCUAAACUUGCAAGUGUCAUGAUUUAGAAAAGGAAUAUUAAACCCUCCUUAUUUAUUUCUAGGACAAGGGGAGGAUAACAGUUUUGCUUUCUUAUGUGACUCUUUGAAAAUUGUGCAGUAUGAAGUUCCUAAGAAAUAAAAAUUUUUACCCUGAAAAUGAAA